AGUAUACCGAUGCUUUUACUGCUGUUUGUCAAUACUAUCCGAGCAGAAUUCAAUUCUAUGCUGAACUCAGGUUGCCAUGCCAACAGAAGAAAAUAACAUAAAAACAUCCUCUACUUUAAAAGCACAUAGAAAUUUGAAAACUGUUCGGAUAUUAUUUGCCAUAAUGCUGCAAUGUGUUUUGACAAAACUGACGACUUCAAGUGUGAAUGCCGACCGGGACAUUCGGGUAAAAAAUGUGAUGCGGAAAUAGAUGAGUGCUCGACAAACCCGUGUGAAAAUGGAGGAACUUGUAUAGACGAGUAUAACGCCUUCCAUUGCAAUUGUACUGAAGGGUUUGUUGGCCGUAGGUGCCAAAUACCCGUCAAAAGUUUACCGCCGGUGCAUGUUGAAGGAUGUCCACCGGAUGACGAAUCUUGCGAAACGGACAGCACUCCAAUUAUUCAUUAUGACAUAUGUGAAAUCAACGUACCUUGUCAUAAUGGAGCGAUAUGCAGAAGCUGGGAUAAUGAUCGUUAUUCCUGCGAUUGUCUUUCGGGUUUCACAGGCAGUAAUUGCGAAACUGACAUCGAUGAAUGUAUGUCAUCUCCGUGUCAAAAUGGCGGCGCCUGCAUUGACGAAGUGGAUGCAUUCUACUGUAAAUGUGAUAGCGCUUACCCCGGAGAUUAUUGUGAAAUUGACUUAUACAAUAGUUGUGCGGCGUCACCAUGUCAAGGCAACGGAACAUGUACGCAAGAAGAGAACGGUUAUAAUUGCACUUGUCCGCCGGGAAUCGUCGGAUUAAAUUGCGAAGCCGAACUUGACGAAUGCGCAUCAGAUCCGUGCAAGAAUGCUGGUACUUGCGAAGACAGACUAGACGGAUACAACUGCACAUGUCAAGUUGGUUACACUGGAAAAGAUUGCGAAAUAGAACUUGACGAAUGCGCAUCAGAUCCGUGCAAGAAUGCUGGUACUUGCGAAGACAGACUAGACGGAUACAACUGCACAUGUCAAGUUGGUUACACUGGAAAAGAUUGCGAAAUAGACCAUUGGCCAAAGUUCUUCAUAUUCAUUGCAUUUGUAGUAGGCCUAUUAAUCGUUAUAUGUGGGCUGCUUUGUAAACGUCGUCGAAUGUACAUCAUGCGUAAACUGUGCAAAAUAAAGGAGAGAGGGACAAAGAGAGAUCUGCCGUUGUAUUUGAAGAUGAAGUUCGGUUAGAUGACUUUUUUGACAGUGUUUUAGUCUCAGCCUGGGGGAUUUGAAGAUGAUUCAAUCAGCUGGCAAGUCGGGGAUCAAACAUUCACUGUACAGCAAUUGCUUAAGUUAGAAUGGUAUCAACUCAACACUUACAUUCCAUUAAAGUUUUAAACAUUUCAAUAUAAGUACAGACAUAUGCACGUACAUUUACAAUUGAAAUGUAAUUGCACAUACAUGUGAUAAAGAAAUUAUUGCCAUGUCAAGAAUCCAUACUGUUCAACAAGUGAAAAAUAUGCAAAUACAUGUACUCUAGAAUCGGUUUCGUCACUUUAAGAUUUCAUCAAAGAAAAGAAAUCGUUAAUUUUCGUUUAAUUUACAAGAAAAUAAUUAGAUCGGAUAUUAUCAAAUUUUGAUUAAAAUAACAAUAAUAAUAACAAUAAAAAUAACAAUAAAUAGCAGACUGCUUAAAACGCCGUAGCGUAUUCUUUCAUUUAGUGGUACAUUUUCAUGUCUACCCAUUUUGUUAGUUAGUCAACUUUUGACAAAAAGACCAAAGCCUUUCAAGAGCAACAAUAAAAGCCUUUUAGAAUAUCAUAUUGAAAAUAACGCUAUUAAAUGCACCUUCAGCGUUUGCACCCUCGUGAUGUUCGAAUAGAAAUUAUUAUUGGAUCCAAUUAAUUUAGCCUCAUUUUCAUUUCUAGAAACUAAAAGCUUUAUAUCAAGUCAAUAUCACAAUCCACGUUGCCAUGUUUUCAUUUUAAUGUCUAAAAAUUGUUAUCAAAUGCAUACUAUACACCAUCUAACCUAGCUUUUUUUGAUAGUUCAAUUAGGUUUUUGUAGCUGUGUACAUAAACGAUUAAUUGUACUCAACAAUGUAUAGUAAAAUACUUUUCAGUUGAUCAUUUAUGACAUUUAUGAUGAUUGACGAGACGCGUGUUUUACGUCAUCUUGUCAUUGUUACAGAAAACAAUCUUUCAACAGUCGAUGAAACGCUUUUAAAAUAUAAUUCUAACA